UAUCCCCGGCACCAGCUCUCCCUCCCCCAGUUCCCCCACCGUUCACCCCGCCCUUUUCUGGCAUCAUGCGGGUCCUCAACUGCGACAUCUUCCUCCACAUACUUCGGGUGGUACUCCAGAGGGCAGCAGAGGACCGUGCCGACCAGUGGACAGAGGCCAUGAUCCAGAGGGCCCUGCACCUAAUUGGCCAAGCUCUGCUAGAGGAGAAGACUCAGCUGGAGGCCAGCAGUGAGGAUGAGGUGGCUUUUGACUUCAGCCUCAAAGCCCGGGGAUCUGGCUGUGAGCACGGCAACUCUCUGUUCCAGUUCCUCACCAAGCUGAAGAACCUUUGUUCCCUGGAGGCCCAGAAGGACAUGAUCCAGUGGACCCUGCAGAUGUUUGAGACCAUCAAGCGCCUGCGUGAGAAGUCCAGCCCUGCCGCUCCCACCAGUAUGGAGCAGACUAAAACAGAAGAGAGUGUCCAGAACAAGAAGGCCGAGCAGAAGAGGAAGGCCGAGGCCGCCAAGCACCGUCAGAAGAUCAUGGACCGGAUGUCAGUCAUGCAGAAGAACUUCAUCGAGACACACAAGAUGCUAUAUGACAACUUGCCAGAAAGUGGGGUGCAAGGGGAACCAUCCCCCUCCAUGGACAGCAGCUCCAUGGAGCUGAGCGAGUCUUGCAUAGCGGUGGGGCCGCAUCGGGGCGUGGCCUGCGUGGAACGGGAGGUGCUGACCUGCAUCCUGUGCCAGGAGGAGCAGGAAGUAAAGGCCCGUGGGCCGGCCAUGGUGCUGGCAGCGUGUGUGCAGCGCUCCGCUGUCCUCACCCAGACCCGGGGCAAAGGCCUGCCCAGCUCAGAUAGCUUCGACCCGCUGUUCAUGCACCCCGACCUGGCUGUGGGGACGCACACGGGGAGCUGUGGUCAUGUGAUGCAUGCAGCCUGCUGGCAGAAAUAUUUCGAAGCGGUUCAGAACGUCACCCGUAACCGCCUCCACACAGAGUCCAUCAUUGACCUGGAGAAUGGGGAAUACAUGUGUCCCCUGUGCAAGUCACUCUGUAAUACUGUCAUUCCGCUGAUCCCACUGGAGCCAUUCCCCCUCAACAAUGAGAGUGCGCAGCUGGUUGGCCAGGUCCUCACGCUGCCCUGCUGGACCCGGAUCAUCAUGGCCAGAGUGAAUGGACUGAAGGCAGCUGGCCAAGAUGGUGGCGGCGGCAGCAGUGUGGCAGAGCUUGUUCUUGGCGGGGACGAACACAUGGACUCCUUGUCCAUCUUGAGUUUCGGCGUCCAGGCCUCGACCAAGUACUCGGACAGCAUCAGUGGGAUGCUGGCGGUUUGUGCCAUGACUGUGCACCGCGUGGGCCUGAAGGUGCCGCCUAACGAGUUGGAUCCACGGGUGCCCAUCAUGUCCUGGAACACCUGCGCCUUCACCAUCCAGGCCACUGAGAACAUGCUGCAGGAGGAAGCCAAGCCACUGUUCGGCUCUCUGCAAAACAGACAACUGGCUGGCUUGAAGGCCUUGGUUCAUUUCUCAGCGGCCAAUAGCCAGAAGCGCUCGCAGACUGUGAUCCAGAAGCACUUUGCGCGCAUGCUCACAGUGCUAUUGCCCAUCAUGAAUGUGGAAGUUACUCCCUGCCUCCUAGAAAUAGACUGCUUUCAUCUCCUGGUGGGUUUGGUGCUGGCCAUUCCGACCCUCUACCAGGAGACCAUGGUGGACCUGCAGCCUUCAGCCAUCAGUUCAGCCUACAACCAUUUGCACCUCCUGCACCUGGUCACCACAGCACACAUGGUGCAGGUGUUGCUGUCCUCCCAGGACACACCGGGGAUUAUGGGAGGGGAUGAUGGAGAGGAGGUGAGGUUGACGUCAGAUUUCCUCCAGGCUGUGACACACCAUGCGGAUGGGUGAGUAGUCCACUGGGUCUCAUUUGCCCCCUAGU